UGCGUUGCCAUAGUUCCUCAAGCCAGCAAGCAACCAAGAAGCCGAUCAAAGCCUCCAUCUCCAUCUCCGGUCAUCCAGUCUCAAGCUCGAACCGAAGAUGUCUUGCUGCUCAGGAAAGUGCGGGUGCGGCAGCUCCUGCAACUGCGGCAGCGGCUGCAACGGCUGCGGCAUGUACCCUGACGUCGAGGCCGCCGGCAACGCUAACGUCCUCCUCACCGCCGCCACCCACAAGGCUAGCGCCGGCGGGAUGGAGGUGGCGGCGGAGGCCGAGAACGGCGGCUGCAGCUGCAACAAGUGCAACUGCGGCACCAGCUGCGGCUGCUCCUGCUGCACCUGCUAGAACAUCAGCUGCGGCAGCGCGCGUGCAUCGUCUACGACACGACGUGCUUAACUAUACCUCCACGUAGCGCUACCCUGAUCGAGGAACUCUUGUAUGUGUGCGCCUGCUCUGCAUCAGCAACAGGUGCCAUGCAUAUGUUUGCCCUGAAUUAAAUAAAUUUCGCAUGGUUUAACUGUCCUAA